UUAUGGAUCUGAAUUAAUCUGUUUCGAUUUGCUUUAUUCCGGAAUUGAUAUGACCUGAUUUUGAUUUUCUGAGAGUAUCCGCUUUCAUUUUAGUUUUUCUGGGAUUAAUUUUGCGAUUUAAUGGAAUUUAGUUGCUUGUUUAUGAGAAAUUGUUUUGACACUUUGCUAGAUUUUCGGCUCUCAGUAUAUAUGACUGAUUUCCUAUUUGGGUUGUACCUUUUUUUUUCUUUUUCUAUAUGAUGGUAUUAGACUGGACGGAGUUUAAGAUGUUAAAUUUGAUUUUUUUUUAUUAUAUUAGUGAUUUGAAAGUUAGGUUGGUAGAGAAAAUAUAAAUCAAAGUUAUAAACUUGAAUAGUAGGUGGCAUUUAUCUGUGGAAAAUCUUUUCAAAACCUACAUUUUUUAAUUUAUUUUUUUUUAAAAAUGAUUGGAAUUUGAAAUGGAAUGACUUCAAACCCUAGGGAGUAUUCCUUAGAUGCAUUUUGAGAAUUGAACAGUAUUCAAAAGAACGACUUCUUUAAUGUUAAAGGGUAUAGUUGGAAACAAUUGCCAACUUUAAUUUUGAGUUUCUAAAGUGACAACUAUUUUGGGACAAUUUUUUUGAGUUAAAAGGACAGUUAAAAUGGGAGGGAAGGGAGUUCUAAGCAAGGAUGUCUUUUUGCAUACAGUAAUAUGAUAAGACGAAGGGAUGGAUGGAUUGGGAUACAGAAAAAUCUUCCCUCUUGGAGGAGAGAAAACUCAGUUGCCUCAAUUAAUUCACAUGGUGGACUAUGAUGUGGGAUCAAUACUUUUAAAAUAUUGAUUUUUUCAAGUAGUGCAGAAGUUUGAAUUCCAACAUCUAUUUAUCAAUUGUACAUUUGCUUUUGAUUUAGAAACUGACAAUAUUUACAUUUUCAGAGGAGGUCAAUUAGAUUAUCUUUGUUAGUUUAGCAUUGUGCAAAAGGUAAGAAUUUGUUGACUUUACACCGACGUUACGGAGAAAAGUGGCUUGUACAGCAAUCGCCGUGCAGUGCAGAAGUUGGUUUUGCAAUUUCUUUUCCAUGAUGUGGCUUCUCGGAAAUUUAUCACAGAUGAUUUAUACUAUGCUACUUUAGUAUUUAGCCAUUUUGUUUGGUACUUGUAAAUAGAUAGUUUUGUCGGUAGAUAAAAUGGAACCAAAGUGUGUUGGUAUGUUAGAUAAUGACCGUAGCACUGUGGUUGGAUCAAAGAGAAAAGUGGCUUCUCAGAAUUUGGCACAUUUAUUUAGAGCCAGCAGUGAGAAACUGUCAAUUCAAUCCAACUGUGACAGCAAGCUUGGGAAGAGGAAAAGGACCAAUUGUCACUUACAUCUCAGGAAAUCUGUACUCAAGAACUACCUGAACUUUAUGAGAAGCAGAGUGCCGCAACGUGUACUGUUUUAUCAGAACAGUGAAUGGACCGACUUCCCUCAAGAUAUUAUUCUUAUAGUUAAAGAAGAUUUUCGGGCAAAAAAGGCUGUUUUUGAGGUGAAAGUUCGUGACUUUCAUAUAAUGCUUGAUAUUCUGCAUAUGGUUCAAGUAGAUCUGAUAACUGGUUUACAGAAACCUGUUGCCUGGAUAGAUGAAGCAGGUAGCUGUUUCUUCCCUGAGUCAUAUCGUAUCAGUAGUGAAAUGCAUGGGAACUUUGAAACCCAGUCAAAGAGAACUGAAGAGUUCAUGACAACUGAGCCAAAUAGGGUAACUGAUAUCAAUUUGCAACUCGACAUUGACUUAAAUGGACUGGAUAGUUGUAAUUUGGAAGGUGUGGAAGAGUCAAAUAUCGGUUAUAAGAGGAUUAAAGUAAAUCCUCUUAAAGACAAUCAAGAAUUUGCUGAUGAUAAAAAAUCAGAUGCAAAAAUGGAACAAGUUGCAGAAAAUAAACAGAACCAGGAAGCUAUGUCUCCUGACUUAGUAGCUAGCCUGAAAUUGGUGGAUGCAGAAUCUGUCAAAAAUAUGUUCAUUAUGGGAAUGAAUGUCAUCCCUAACAAGGAUGAGAUCAAAAUUACCAAAUACUCUAGUAAUUAUUUGAGAGCUCGCUUGGAACUCUUUGAGAAGCAGGUUGAAAUAAUGCAAAAAUAUCGUGGGAAUGCAAAUGUUCGAUAUGCUUGGCUUGCUGCUUCCAAAGAUUUGAUAUCUACAAUUAUGAAUUACGGCCUUGCACCUGGCGGACCUAAGAAUAGGCCUAAAUUUGGAGUCGGAGUUCACCUUAGUGCUCUGCAUUGUGCCUCCAAAAGUGCUAUUAAUUGCGAUGCUGACAAAAAUGGCGUUCAUUACAUGGUUUUUACUCGUGUGAUUUUGGGUAAUGUGGAACCUUUGCACUGCGGAUCUGAACAAUGGCAUCCCAGUGAUGAAAAAUACGAUAGUGGAGUUGAUGAUCUCGAGAACCCUACUCAUUAUGUUGUUUGGAAUAUGAAUUUGAAUACACAUAUAUACCCAGAGUGUGUUUUGAGCUUCAGAAUUCCUCCAGUAGCUAAAGGACCCCACUUUGGAAAUGAUAGUCGGAUUCAUGGCUCUGGUGUCAGUACUUGUUGUCGGGGGCCUGUGGAUCAGGUACCCACAAAUACAUUUCAGAAGGACUCGGGAAGUCAUUAUCAUCAAGUAUCAAUGGGUAAGUUGGCCCUAGAAAAGGCUGCGAGGACUCCAAAGUCCCCUUGGUUGCCAUUCUCCUUGUUGAUUGAUGCAAUCUCCAAUGUAGUAACUGCCAAGAAAAUGAAUGAUGUUACUAGCAAUUUUGAGUUGUUUGAGAGCAAGAAGAUAUGUAGGGAUGAAUUUGUCAGACAGUUGAGGUUAAUCGUAGGUGAUACUCUAUUGAAAUCCACAAUUACAAGUUUACUGUGCAAGGUACAAUCUAAACCCAUUGAAUUGAUUCAGCCAAAGCAAGAGCCACAAAGUGCUGCCUUUAAAUGAACUAGUGCCAAUUCCAUUGGCUAGAGCCACAGAUCGAGUAAUGUCUUUAUGUGGAACGCCUUCUCCCUGUUGUAGUGAAAUUGUUUAGAUGGUUGGAUUUCCUUUCCUACAGUAAUGUGAUAGUAAAAGCAUAUGAUCUUUUGUCCUAGAAUAUGGAUUUGCAAAGUAGUUCGUUUCUUUUUUCGAACUGGCUUAACAGUUGAGUUUUAGCUACUCUUUGAAAUGAAUGCUUAUAAAGUUUGUCUUUGAGGUUUA